GAGAAGGUUCUGGAGAUCAAGGAGCGCGAGUACGGCCGCGACCACGUGGAGGUGGCCGCAUCGCUGGUGAAUCUCGGGAACGCGUACGGCGGCCUCGGCGACUACGCCAAGCAGCGCGACCUCCUCGUGCGUGCGCUCGCGAUCCAGGAGCGCGAGUACGGGGGCGACCACGUGCAGGUGGCCAUCACGCUGACGAACCUCGGGAACGCGCACGGCGACCUCGGCGACAACGCCAAGAAGCGCGACCUCCUCCAGCGCGCGCUCGCGAUCAACGAGCGCGAGUACGGCCGCGACCACGUGGAGUCGGCCUGCACGCUGGCGAACCUCGGGAACGCGCACGGCUCCCUCGGCGACUACGCGAAAUCGCGCAACGUCCUCGAGCGCGCGCUCGCGAUCCAGGAGCGCGAGUACGGCCGCGACCACGUCCAGGUGGCCAACACGCUGCACAACCUCGGGAACGCGUAU